GACAAUGUACCAGGGGAUUCCAAGAGAGAACAGUCAAUUGUGAGUAAGUGGAGGAGGGGAGAUAAGAUAAGAUAAGUGAACGUCAAAGAGAAAAAGAGAGAGAGAGAGAGAGAGAGACAAGGGCAGAGAGUUAGAGAGAAGUGGAGAGGCGUGCGUUGAUCAGAGCCAAUAGAAUGUGAUGAGGUAACAGAGUUGACUCCUAUGCUUGCUGAAACAACAAGGAGUGGAGAAACGGAACCACAAGCCAUUAACACUGGGAUGCAGAAACACAGCCUGCUGCUGAACCAGAGAGAGAGAGAGAGAGAGAGAGAGACAGAGAGAGAGAGAGAGAGAGAGAGAGAGAGAGAGAGAGGGAGAGGGAGAGAGAAAGAGAAAGAGAGAGGGAGUGAUGAGAGCGAGGUAGUGAGAGACGAAGAGAGAGUAAAGGGAUCAAUAUAAGCUCUGCUCAAAGUCAGAGACUUCAGAAAACACUUUGGGUGGAACUCAGACUUUCAUCUCUGCAGACGCCUGCUGCUGUUCCCAUGGAAACCAUCUCCAGGAUGCAGUCGUCUCCAGGACUAGUCAGGAUGGACAGCUACCCCUGACCACCACCUGAACCCUCUGCUGUCCCGGGAUAGGACACUGGCCAAAGAAUGUUCUGGAAACUCACUUUCCCAGUCCUGUUGGCUGGAGUGCUCUGCGUCGCCACGGAGACCAGGAAGCCCCGCCCCCAGGGUUCAAUCCCCUCCCCUUACAAGACCAAAGCCAACCUGUCGGACCGACAGAAGCUGCUGACCCACAAACCCGAGGUUCUGUCGUCCAGCCACGAGGCCCUCGUUGUCACGGAGAGACGGACUCUCCGACGCGAUUGGUGCAAGACGCAGCCUCUCCGCCAGACGGUGAGCGAGGACGGCUGCCAGAGCCGGACUGUGGUCAACCGCUUCUGCUACGGCCAGUGCAACUCCUUCUACAUCCCCCGCCACAUGGGCCCUUCCUCGGGCCACGGGAAUCGAGGCCCAGGCUCCGGCCGGAGGGCCCACAACAAGGCCCAAGAGCCCUUCCAGUCAUGCUCCUUCUGCAGGCCGCACCGGGUCACCCAGCUCACCGUUCAGCUAGACUGUCCCGGCCUGCAGCCGCCCGUCCGCCACCGCAAAGUGCAGCGUGUCAAACAGUGCCGCUGCAUGUCCGUGGACAUGAGCAGCCAGGGGAAACUGUAGUGAGGCUGCCUCACAUGGCUGCCUCACAUGGCUGUCUCACAUGGGUGCCUCACAUGGGUGCCUCACAUGGGUGCCUCACAUGGGUGCCUCACAUGGGUGCCUCACAUGGACACAGCGUGGGUGUGAAAUCUCAACAAGGAUGCCAGAACGACUGUUACAAAGUCUGUCUUCACUUCGAAGAACAGAUCAUCAUAGCGAGCUCAAUUAAGUAUUGUGCAAAGUUUGUCCAUUGACCACUCAAGGCAUCAGAGCUCCAGAGAUGUGACGUGUCUAAGAUGACAGCACAUCCACUAAUCGCUUCUGAAUGGUGACAUUGCAGUCUACAGGGGCUGUGUAGAAUACCUCUAUUGUCUAAAAAGUCACUGUUUCAAAGCAACAAGCAUUGCAACACUGAUCUGUUCUUCCAAAACACGGGAAAAUUGUACCUGGAGAGAGAGAGAGCGAGAGACUCAGAUGACAGAAGAUAGUUUACUAUCUAGCUAUGAGCUAUUAGACUGCAAACCAGUAAAGAGCUAUCCCAGACUGGUAGUGAAACUGCCCAGUGUUUUAGUGUGUAAUAAGAGAUGGGGUGCUAUGGACUGGGCUUACCAGGGCUCGUGGCCAGCCAGCCAAUCAGGGCUCCACAUGAGGGAGCAGCCAGCCAAUCAGGGCUACACAUGAGGGAGAGACUAUGAGAACCUACCAGUGGAUUCAUCACACCAGAAGCAAAACAAAAACAUUAUUCACCUUGCCAGUGAAGAAGUAUACACUUCUGUAUCAUGUGUUACUGAGGUACAGUACAAUAAAAAGUAUAUAUAU